AUGGCCUCCCUCAACCUCUCCAUAAACGGCUCGUCCAUCAAGAAAGAGUACAGCUCGGUAGUUGAUGCUGCCGUGCCUAGCUCCGGCUCUCCCACCUUUGCCAAAUGGGCCCUUUACGCUGUCCAAACACCCCUUGUCAGCGUUUUUGAAUCGUCCGGAAGCAAUGAAAGCGUGCUCAAGGUAGAGAGCACUGGCGAGGGCGAACUCAGCGAACUUUUCGAAGACUUUAGCGAAGGCCGCGUUCAAUUCGGCUUUGUCAAGGUCAAGGACCCCAACUCUGGUCUUCCUAAGCACGUUCUCAUCGCCUGGUGUGGCGGCGGCGUGCCCGAGCGAACAAAAGGCUACUUCACCAGCCACCUCAAUGCCGUCUCCAAGGUCCUCCACGGUUACCAUGUGCAGGUUACCGCUCGAUCCGACGACGAUCUGGACCCCGACGCUCUUAUGCGCAAGGUCUCCGAUGCCUCUGGCUCCAAGUAUGCUGGCGGUCCUGCCACCGACGCUGCCCGAGCCCCUCCCCCCAUCAAGUCCAAGCCUGUCUUCUCGCCCUCCAACAUGAGCGCUGGUCGCUCCCUGAACCCCCUUGUUGCUGCUCGCUCCCGCAAAGACGAAAAUGUCGACGACGAUGGCUGGGGUGCUGAUGCGCCUCCCGUGACCCGAACCCAGGUGGAAAGGGUUGAGUCCGCCUACAAGCCUACCAAGGUCGAUAUGCCUGGCCUCUCUCGCCAGAGUGAGCCUUCUCGCUACACUUCCGCCGCCUCCCAUCAGCAGGACAGGGAUGUCAUUGGUGGUGGCUACAGGCCUGUCGGUAAAGUUGACAUUGCCGCUAUCCGCGCCCAGGCCAAGGAGCAGCGCGACGAUCGACCGACACCCGUCAAGGGCUCAUACGAGCCUAUUGGCAAGGUAGACAUUGCUGCCAUUCGUGCAAAGGCUCAGAAGCCCGCAUCUGAACAGCCCGCGCCUGAGCAGCCCGCUGAGGAUGACGCCCCGAAGCCUCUUGCUGACCGCGCUGCCGCAUUCUCGCAGCCAGCCCAGUCUGAGAGGCUCACGUCAUUGCCCAAGCCCAAGGUUGCCAACAAGUUCGGCGCUGGCGGUUUCGCAACCAAGGCUCCUACACCCGGUGCUCUGGGACUCCAAGGACCCGUUGCUAACGCAUCCACUGCUCCCGUCACCACCACCAGCCGAACUUUCGCCAACGAAGGCGGCAAGACUCCCGCCCAGCUCUGGGCUGAGAAGAAGGCGCGCGAGAGUGGCGCCAGCGCCGGAGCGGCAUCACCCUCAUCCCCCCCACCGAUCAAUCAACAGCAGAGCGGAAACAACGAGUGGAAGUCCGGAUACGCUGGCAAGUCUUGGGCAGCGGUACAGACUCCAGCAUUCGGACGUGGUGGUGCUGAGACUGUCCGUGGAAACGACCAGGCCGUUCCCGAAGACGAACAGGCUCAUGGCGACCAAGAGGACCCGGCUGGAGGUGUUUCGGCCCUGCGCGACCGCUUUAAGGGCGCUACACCCAUGGGCGGAGCGCCACCUGUGCCUGGCGCCACCCCUGGACAUAGAGAUGAGGAAGAAGAGGAAGAACCUGCAGCGCCUCCCCCCCCCCCUGCGGGCUCUCGCCCAUCUGGUGGAUUUGCCCUGCCCGGCUUGCCUACUCGCCCACCACCUGUCGAUGACGAGGAGGAGGAGGAGGAAGAGCCCGAGCGUGAGCAGUCGCCCAUCCGCGUCGCGCAGCCCGUCGCCCGCGAGGCCGAAUCAGUUCGCGCUCCUGCGCCACCACCCGCGCCGGUCCCCGUGCCACGCGAGCCUACGCCUGAACCGGAGCCUGAACCGGAGCCCGAGCCGGAGCCCGAGCCGGAACCGGAGCCUGCGCCCGCCCCUGUUGCUCACCAAGCUGCCCCUCCCCCUCCUGCGCCUGCGGCCGGUGGCGCCUCCCAGCGUGCUGUCAUUCUCUACGACUACGACAAGGAUGAGGACAACGAGAUCAACCUGGUCGAGGGUGAGACUGUCACAGACAUUGACCAGGUCGACCCCGACUGGUGGAUAGGCACCAACGUGCACGGCGAGAACGGCCUGUUCCCCAGCAGCUACGUCGAGCUCAUCAAAGACGACGGCGCUGGUGCUGGAGCUGGCGCCGCCGCUCCGCCACCACCGGCUGCUCCCGGUCCUGCUGCUGCCUCCGCGCACACGGCGGCUCCUGUAGCCCCGGCGCCGGCUGCCGCCUCAUCCGGACACACUGCCACGGCUCUGUACGAUUAUGAAGCCGCCGAAGACAAUGAGCUUUCCUUCCCCGAGGAUGCGCAAGUAACAAAUCUCGAGUUCCCCGACGACGAUUGGUGGUUUGGCCACUACAAGGGUGACUCGGGCCUCUUCCCCGCCAACUAUGUCCAGUUGAACCAGUAG